UUGAAGAAUACAACACGGAAGUCUUUAUUAUGACAAUGCACUUUCAACUGUGUGCUCAGCGUCUCAAAAACGAUCCAACCUUUGAAUAAAGUUCAAUCACGUUCAUAACAUACACUAGUUGAAAACUGAAUAACUUUAAAUUCAGAGAUAGACCUGUCUCGAGAAACGACUGUGGUACCGCUGGGGACGCUCCAAGCAUGCAGUUGACCUGAAAUGAAUCGUUUGUUUUCACUUUCACUUUCGGAGAGAAGCCGCUGCUCACACAGGAGUGGUGUAAACCCAACGUUCCUUCGCCACCAUGCUAGCUGUUCCUCUCCUCGUACUCCUCCUGCUGGAGGCCAGCGUUCCCUCCCUCGCGGCACAGCUACCGGGCAGCGACGCUGCCGGGACGCCUCCCCCGGCCGACCAAGCCUUCCCCUGGGAACGCAUGAGGCUCCCCCAGACAGUGGUUCCCCUUCACUACAACCUCACCGUCCACCCCGACAUGAACACACUCCGCUUCACCGGCGUGGUCCACAUCGAACUGGAGGUCCUAGAAAACACCACGACCAUCGUCCUCCACAGCAGCGAGCUGCUCAUCUCCAAGGUGACGCUCCUGGUGCCUGGGGGACCUCCGACCCCCCUGCGCUUCCUAGAGCAACCUGCUUCUGAACAGUUAGCUCUUCUUUCCGACCGGGUCCUCUACCAAGGCGGGACGUAUGACGUUCUGCUGGAGUUUUCCGCCAACUUGUCAGAUAACUAUCAGGGCUUCUAUAAGAGCAGUUACCGUGCGAGCAGUGGGGAGAUCAGGUACGUGGCCUCCACCCAGUUUGAGGCCACCAGCGCCCGGGCAGCCUUCCCAUGCUUUGACGAGCCGGCGUUCAAAGCUAACUUCACAAUUCAGAUUGUACGCGAGCCACGCCAUAUCGCCAUAUCCAACAUGCCCAAGAUAAACACAGUAGAGUUGGCCGGGGGCUUGCUGAAGGACUACUUUGACACCAGUGUGAGGAUGAGCACAUACCUGGUCGCCUUCAUCGUGUCCGACUUCCUGUCUGUCAGCAAGACCACCCAACACGGGGUCAAGGUGAGCUGGAGGGGGUUACCAGAGAAGAUUGACCAGACCUCCUUCGCAUUGGAUGCUGCGGUCAAGCUGUUGGACUUCUACGAUGACUUCUUCGACAUCCCCUACCCGCUGCCGAAGCAGGACCUGGUGGCCAUCCCAGACUUCCAAUCGGGGGCGAUGGAGAACUGGGGUCUGACCACCUACAGGGAGGCAGGCCUGCUCUUCCAACCCAAGUCCUCAGCCUCCGACAAGCUGGGCAUCACCAUGGUGAUCGCUCACGAGCUGGCCCACCAGUGGUUUGGGAACCUGGUCACCAUGGAGUGGUGGAACGACCUGUGGCUCAACGAGGGCUUCGCCAAUUUCAUGGAGUUUGUCUCGGUGGACAUCACCUACCCCGAGCUUCAAGUGGGGGCCUGCAUCCUGAACAUGCUGCGGGACUUCCUGACCCCAGAGGCCUUCAAUGAGGGCAUCAUCCGCUACCUCCGUCGCUACAGCUACCAGAACACCGUCAACAGCCACCUCUGGCAGAGCCUCUCCAACGUGUGUAAGUCCGACCAGUUUGAGGUGGGCGGAGUCCAGCAGAAGGCCUUCUGCUCCGAGGGGAAGCUGCGACCCGAGGGCUUUAAAUGGUACACAGACGACGAGUUGGACGUGGGCACCAUCAUGGACACCUGGACUCUGCAGGAGGGCUUCCCAUUGGUCACGGUGGAGGUGAAAGGUCGCGAGGUCAGGCUCCAUCAGGAACGCUACCUCAAAACGGACGGUCCCGCCCUCAGCGACGGGUUCCUGUGGAAGAUCCCGUUGACCUACAAAACCAGCCACUCAAACACCAUUCAACGCUUUCUGCUGGAGAACAAAACUGACGUCCUGUACCUGGAGGAGGAGGUGGACUGGGUCAAGUUCAACGUGGACAUGAGCGGCUACUACAUGGUGCACUACCAGGGGCAGGGCUGGAGCGGCCUGACCCGCCUGCUGCAGACCAACCCCACGGCCCUGAGCAGCAGCGACCGCGCCAGCCUCAUCAACAAUGUCUUCCAGCUGGUCAGUGUGGGCAAGGUGCCGCUGGACACGGCCCUGGAGCUGUCCCUGUACCUGUCCCGGGAGAUGGAGCCCCUGGCGGUCACCCAGGGCCUCAGCGAGCUGGUGCCCAUCUACAAGCUGAUGGAGAAGAGGGACAUGAAGACGCUGGAGAACCAGAUGAAGGGCUACAUCGUGGAGCUGUUACAGACCCUCAUCGACCAGCAGACGUGGAGCGACUCCGGGUCGGUCUCUGAGAGGGUGCUGAGGAGCUACCUGCUGAUGUUUGCCUGCGUGCGCAACCAUGCGCCCUGCGUGGAAAAGGCCAGCAGGCUCUUCCACAGCUGGAAGGCCCUGGACGGUAACAUGAGUCUCCCCAGCGACAUCAGCCUAUGCGUGUUUGCUAUUGGAGCCCGCACUCCAGAGGGGUGGGACUUCCUGUAUGAGAUGUACAGCCGUUCCCCGGACACGUCAGUCAAGAGCCGCAUAAAGUUGGCGCUCUCCAUCAGCCCCCUGACGGACAAACUCCACAUACUGCUGGAGGAGAGUUUUCGUGGUGAGGUUCUGAAGACCCAGGAUCUUCCCCAUGUGGUGAUCGCUGUUAGCAAGAACCCCCAUGGCUACAAGCUAGCAUGGGACUUCCUCCGGGCAAACUGGCCGGCCCUGAUCAAGAAGUUUGGGGAAGGCUCAAGCUCCAUAGCUGAAAUGGUGACUGGAGUAACGGACCAGUACUCCACCCCACAAAUGCUGAAAGAGGUUCAGGAGUUCUUUGGCUCCCUGACCAAGGAGAUGGGCUCAGAGCUGAGGUGCAUUCAGCAGACGUACGAGACCAUUGAGUUGAAUAUCCGAUGGGUGGACAAACACCUGCCCCUGCUGCAGGCCUGGCUGGACAAACACACGAGCAGAGGGAACACACAACAUACUCGACACGAGGACCUUUAGGUCCACCCGUUAACACUGGCAAUGGAAGUGGGUUGCCCACUGUGAAGACUACUGUCUCAAUAGACUUUCCCAAAACAUCCAACCCUUAUUGUUCGGCUUAAUUAACAACUUAUUUAGGUGUCCCACAAAGGACUGUCUGAGUUCCCCCCCUUUUUUUCCUUUUUUUUUUUUUACUCAGAAUCUUGGCGUAAACUCAGAAAUUUGGUUAAAGUUAGAAUUUUGACUUUAAAGUCAGAACUAUGGAAUUCUGACUUUAAAGACAGAACUAUGGAAUUCUGAGAAGAAAGUCAGAAUUCUGAGUUCAUAGUCAGAAUUCUGAGAUCAAAGUCAGAACUAUGGAAUUCUGAGAAUAAAGUCAGAAUUCUGAGUUUAAAGUCAGAAUUCUGAGAGUAAAGUCAGAAUUCUGAGAUUAAAGUCAGAAGUCUGAGAAUAAAGUCAGAAAAGAGGAAAAGAGCUUGAACGGAAGUAACUGGACCUGAUACUCAAACAGUGUUGUCUGGUUAGGUUGAAUCUCGUCAGCAAACUUUCGCCUCCCGUACUUGCUUGAGCUUGACCAUGCAAACCGCAAUGUUAACUCGGAUGAGUAAAAACCGACACAACCCUCGAAUAUUCUGCCUUCUCCAGAGGAGGCGGGGCUUACCUCCUGAGCGCCAACCUUUAUUUCCACCACUUCAUUCUCAUCAACCAUAGAGAUAACCACUACUGCGACUCUUUACUUGUUGUGGGAGUACCAGAGAUGUCAGAGAGGCCAAUCCAGAGAACAUGUCUGGGUUCAUCACAUCCUUCGGAGGCGCACACAGCUCGGUGAACUUGACCGUCUUCUCCAGGAGCCCCGUCUGGAUCACAGCCACUUCCAGUGCUCCUUGAGGCUGACUCAGGCCCAGUUUCAUGACCUGCUAGCUGGGAGCGGUGACAGGAUUUCUCACGGGCACACCAACUACAGGCGUCCCAUCCCAGCUGCGGAGCGCCUCUCCGUCUGUCUCGGAAUUAUUUACAAACAAAUCAUUUGUUGGCCUUGCUGUUUUUUUUUUGAUAACUGUAGGCUAUUAGGCUACCCUUUUGAUUACAGUCUUGAGUGAUUUUGCAUACAAUUUGAGAGCCUAGUUUCUCACUCUUAGAAAAGUGGAAUACCGUGGUUUGUCUAUAAGUUUAUCCUUCUUGAAUAGGAGGCUACGCCUGAUUAUUUGUGGAAAUGGUAUAAGGUAUAAAUUAUUAUGGUGCCAAGGAAAAUAAAUUUGGUGUUGUGAAAUUUGUCAUGUCGAAUUGAGAUGUCAUGUUUUUUUUAAAUCCAUCUUGGAGAAAUUAGUAAAAAUAACAUCUGGAUAUAUAACAAUAGCAACUGUAAAAUCACCCUUCGGGGAGGGGCCGAGUUGUGUGGGGAGGGGCGCUCAGUGGGUUUUCCCCAAGGAAGUGUUCUCCUGGACACAGUAUGAAAGGUUGUGUGGUACACCCUUUGGUCUUUCUUGUCUGGAGUACACAUGCUCCUUUCUGGAGCUCUUUGGGGAACUGCCAGCUCCAAGGGUUCUCCUACCACCCAAAGCUGCCUUUCUCCGGGCACCGCUGUCGGUUGGACACCUAUGGUAGCACUAGUUUGAUGGAAGCCCCUUGGUCUUGCACGAACGCUAGAUUGCACUUAAUUGUUUUACCCUAAGUAAAACAAUGCUGACUAAAGCACUGUCAGUUUGGCGCUUCCCAAAUGGUUCCACAAACGAUUUCACUGUGAAGGUUGUAUCCUCAUGCAGCUUGCGUUUCAGGGCCCCAAAAAUGUCUUCAAGCUGCUUCUCCAGGAACGCUGUCCCCUCAACUUCCUCUGAUGUGCCUAGACAAAUUGAAUAGCAAAAAAAUUAAAGUGUAAACGGAACAA